GGGUCGGGUGGGGCCUCGGCGGGGUCCUUUCAAGCGUCAAUAGGCGUAUAAUGGUGGCGUCGGUGACCAAGAUUAUGUACAGGGUGUACAGAAAGUUGGUUCUUAUGAACAACUCUUUCCUUGUACGAACAAGCACCGUUAAGGAAAAUUUAUGGGGGACCGAUUGUUCAUUUAUACAUUCUGGAGCAGCAGUCGAUCAGUCUAGGUGUUGAAUUUACAUGACAGAGAAAAUGAAACACAAUCAUGUCGACUUUAUUUUCUGCUACCAGCUGUCACACCUAUUAUUUAUUUUCGAACGAACGCGAAAUUUCUAUUAAUAAUAAUUUUUUUUUUCUCACCUCUGAGGCCUUCAGAAUAGCAUAUUUCCUACGUAUAGAAAAAAAUAUCAGACAUUUGUUAUUCGAAUUUAAUCCAGGAUACCGUGACUGACAUAGAUGCUGAUUGAUUUGGUAAACAAUGUCAUCACCCAAAAAUGCAGGUUAAAGGGGACCCACAGUCAUUUCAUAAUUUAGCCUGAGUUUCUGCAUCGUUUGUCUCCCCUUCACUUUCAAGCUCGCAGUAGACAUUGCUUUUGCUGCCGUCUAAUAAUUAAAGUGCGUUUGAUUUCAUUAAUUAAUUUAUUUUUUCCUUGAAAAAGAAUAGAAUGCUUGCGCCUGGAUCGAGUGAAUGCUGUUCCAGAAAGUACGUAUGAAGUUUAACUAGACAUAAUUGUUUAAAUUAUGUUUACUCUCACAAGGGGGGGGAAGAAACUCUCCCAUAGGAAGCAGCUUUAUGGACACCCUGUACGAUAUUCUGCGUUUAGUCUUAUUGCGCACUCAUUGAGCAUCUUAGAGACACCCUCCUUCCCAGCCCCACAGGAAUCAGUCGAGAUGUUACGGUGGAUGAACAGCGACACCGACCGGGAGAAGACGCCCGAGGUGUACGAGCACGUCCUGGACGGGCUGAAGAAGCUCUACAAGUCCAAGAUCCUCCCGUUGGAGACGCACUACCACUUCCACGAUUUCCACUCGCCGCGACUGGAGGACUCGGACUUCGACGCGAAGCCGAUGAUCCUCCUCAUGGGGCAAUACUCCACGGGGAAGACGACGUUCAUCAGGUACUUGCUGGAGAGAGACUUCCCGGGGAUGAGGGUCGGGCCCGAGCCCACGACGGAUGGGUUCGUCGCCGUCAUGCACGGGGAGGAGGACGGGCUGGUGCCUGGGAACGCGCUCGCGGUGGACACGAAGCGGCAGUUCCGGGCGCUGGCCAAGUUCGGCAACGCGUUUCUCAAUCGGUUUCAGUGCUCGUUAUUGGACUCGCCCGUUCUCAAGGCCAUCUCGAUCGUCGAUACCCCCGGGAUUCUCUCCGGCGAGAAGCAGCGCGUUAAUCGCGGUUACGACUUCACCAAGGUCCUGGAGUGGUUCGCCCAGCGAGUCGACAGGAUCAUCUUGCUCUUCGACGCGCACAAACUGGACAUCUCCGACGAGUUCAAGCGCGCCAUCGACUCCAUACGGGCGUGCGACGAGAAGAUCCGCAUCGUCCUCAACAAGGCCGACGCGAUCGAUCGGCAACAGCUGAUGCGAGUGUACGGUGCCCUCAUGUGGUCUCUCGGGAAAGUGAUGAAAACUCCGGAAGUCCCUCGAGUGUACAUCGGAUCCUUCUGGGACCAGCCGCUUCAAAACGACUCGAACAAAAAACUCUUCGAGGUGGAGGAGCAAGACCUAUUCGCCGACCUGCAAUCCCUACCGAAAAACUCGACUCUCCGCAAACUCAACGACCUCAUCAAACGAGCGCGACUAGCCAAGGCGAGUCGAGGAAGCACUGCUUCCUCCCGCUUCCUCACGCUUUCCUCACGCUUCCCCUCACUCGGUCCCUCGCCGCCCUUAGGUCCACGCCUACAUCAUCGGCUACCUCUACGCCCAGAUGCCCAAGCUGUUCGGCAAGAGCGCGAAGAAGAAGGAGCUGAUCGCGAACCUGGACAGGGUCUACCAGCAGCUCCACGACGAGCAUCAGAUCUCGCUCGGGGAUUUCCCCGACGUCGAGGAAAUGAAGUGUUGGGUCGAUACGACUGGAACAACUUUAAUCCGCUGAAGAUGCAACUCAUCAAAUCAGUGGAUAAAAUGCUGGCUGAAGACAUUGCACGUCUCAUGCAGGUGAUCCCCAACGAGGAGGCAAUGAUCAAGGAAGACCGUCUUAUCCGAGGCGGCGCCUUCGACGGCAUCAUGGACAAGAGGAGCCCCUUCGGAUUCAAGAUGGGCGAGGGGGUCGACGCCGGCAAGGGGGAGAAGGGGUGGAUCGUGGAGAAGGACCGUCAUAAGUACGAUGCCAUGUUUCAGGAACUGAAUCCCAUCAACGGGAAGAUCAGCGGAGCCGUCGCCAAGCAAGAGAUGCAGAAGUGGAAGCUACCGAGCACCGUGCUGGGGAAGAUCUGGAGGCUGUCGGACGUGGACGGGGACGGGAUGCUGGACGCGGGGGAGUUCGCGCUGGCGAUGCAUCUCAUCAGGGUGAAGUUAGAGGGGAACGACCUGCCCGCGGUACUGCCGGAGCACCUCCUUCCGCCGCCGUCCAGGCACAACUUCUGAGGACUUGGUGGGACUGGGGUACUUGGUGCUUCUGGGGGC